ACAAAAUAUUUUUGGCCAUACACGCGCAUGCCAUUGUAAGUGGCUUCCGUCAACAUUUUCCCGACUCCGACUUAGGAAUGUCGAAGAAAGCAGAACUAGCUGCGCCGCCGUCAGCGGCGUACUUCGGAGAGCCCUGGCCGGAAUUUAAUGACGGAUUAACUUACCAUGACAUGGUCCGACCCAUUGAUGCUGGUCUUACACUGAUCGAAUUCUACUCCAGAAAGUACAAAAGUUCUGCUCCUUUACAAGGUUGGUUGCAGAGAAUUCAAAAUAAGCAGAUAACAGUUGACAGUAAAGUUGUUACUAUACCAGAUACUGAACUCAGUUUUUGGAUGAGCAGAGCUGGUACAGAACUAGUAUAUCAUCGACUUCCUUGGAGAGAACCUGAUGCACCUUACUUGUUACAAGUACUAUUUGAAGAUGACUAUUUGAUUGCUCUAAAUAAACCUUCUGGUUUGCAAGUUCUUCCUGGAGGGUUGUUCCAGCAGCGGACUGUCUUGACACAACUCCAAUGGCAUGUGAGCAAGCUGACAACCUCUUCAUCGGGUUGUCGAAAAACACAUCCUGUUCCAGUUCAUCGCCUAGGAAGGGGUACAUCAGGAAUACUUCUCUGUGCAAAAACAAAGCUCGCUAAAUCUCGCCUUGCGGCAUAUUUUGCUGAGGGGACAUCGGUUGUUGAAGACAAAUACACCAACUCAGAGUGCAAGAAAAUGAGGAAAAUUAGCAAGAUAUAUCGGGCGCUUGUAAGUGGUGUGAUUGAUAUGGAUGAGGUUCUCAUCAAGCAACCGAUUGGGACGAUUAAAUAUCCUGGAGUUGCUAAAGGGUUGUAUGUUGCUUCUCCUUCAGGGAAGCCAGCUCUGAGCAGUGUUCACGUUCUUGAAAGAGAUUUAGAGAAUAAGAGCACAUUGGUCCAGGUUGAAAUUCAAUCUGGAAGGCCACACCAAAUCCGUAUCCACCUCUCUUUCAUUGGACUUCCACUAAUUGGUGAUCCUCUUUAUGUUUCUGGCGGGCAACCAAAGUGCUUUGAUCCUGAAUUAAUGGAUGAAAGUUUUGAGAAAGAUGGCGGCUAUCAAAGACCUGAGAAUCCUGUUCCUGGAGACUGUGGAUAUAACCUGCAUGCACAUCAAAUAGUUCUUAUACACCCAAUCACAAAUGAGAAUCGGUGCGUGAACAUGAUAGCACGUUUAUUCAGCGUGCCAUUGGAAGAGGAGACAGCAAUUGGAGUGGGAACAGUUAGUUCAUCGGAGGCCAUAAUGUUAGCAGGCCUGGCUUUCAAGAAAAAAAGGCAAAACAAACGCAAAGCUGAGGGCAAAUCUUGUGAUAAGCCCAUCAUUGUCACUGGUGCCAAUGCUCAUCUUUUGAUGUUUUCUACAAUGGAAAGAAAUUACUUCUUUUCCAUUUAGGUGCUUCAAAACUUAAGUAAUUUUAGUGGCGAAAAAAAUAGAAGGGUGGAGGGUAAAAUGAGUUAGGGGCACUGUGGUGUAUGUCAGUGCCAUGUAGGAUUGGAUAUCUACAUUGGACAAACUUAACAGAAGAAGGGUAUAUUUGAACCAAUAGUAUAACAGAAGGGGUAUAUUUGGACACAAAGUAUAACGAGAGGUAUAUUUAAACUUUUUCUCAUAGUACAGGGAUAUAUUUGAUCCUUCUCCGUAAGCUAAAACUAUAUACACUAAAUCAUUUACUCCCUCUGUCUCAAUUUAUGUGUUAGUUUGACUUCGCACGGGGUUUAAGAAAGUAAGAAAGUCUUUUAAAUCUUGUGUUUACACUAAAGAUGUGUGUAAUGUACCAAAAUACCCUUAAAUUUUGUGGUCUUAAAUUUGCCAUGUGGAAAGUUGGAGUUAAGGAGAUACUAAAUAUAGAAAGAGGCAUUCUUUUUUAAACAAACUAAAAGAAAAGUAAGACACACAAAUUGAAACGGAGGGAGUACUAUACAAGUAAAUGGACAAACAGACGAAUAUAUGAUCUAUUUAAAUCUUUAUUAAAAUUGAAUAAAUCAUAUAUCUAAACAUAUGAUUAAUAGUAUAUAUCUCAACAUAGCCGAUAAACUAGCUUCUGACCCAAAAGAUUGUCGUCUCUGAUGUCCUCGUGCUGGAGAAGGAAACCACCCCCCAACCUGAACCGAUAUCUUUCCCGGGACUCCGGGAGAAAUCUUCUGCUCCGGAGACAAAGGAAACAGGAAGAUUGAAAUUGAUAUGGAAGGAAUUGUUGUUACUGAAUCUUAUUCGCUUAAGGAAGAAAGUAACGAAGUCGAAGAACUCCCAAAUCCUGAACAAAAAGCUUUAGCGGGAGUUGAAACAUUUGGUUCAAAUGCUCUGAUGAACAACCGGCACUACAGCACCGGCUGCAACACCAGCGAUGGUGGAGCUGGUGCUGGACCAAGAAUUGGCUGUUUCUGACUACCCUGCUAAGAUAAUUGAACCAUUAUUAGUUUAAUGCUAUUCUCAAUUGCUUAUUUGGUUUUCAUUUAUAUAUAUGUAAUGACAUUCUGCAUGAAGAUUUCAACUUUUUGUGUAUACGUGCUUCUUUUAAGUUUCGACAGCCAUGGAGGGGAAACCAACUGAGGAAGACUUUCUAAAUAUUUUAAUUUCCUUUCCAUGUGGCCUUAUGCUGGAAUAAAAUACCCCUCCCAUGGAUUUUGGAAAUCCAUGUCAGCAAGAAAAUAUUAUUUUAGUGGGAUUAAAAUCACACCUAGAGCUCCGUCAGUUUUUAGGGGCAUAAACGAGCCAUUUGACUAACGGCGAGGGUAAUUUUGGGACUACAAUCAAACUGGUAUAAUUGAGCUAUUUCCAAUAGCAAAGGGGCAAUUUGGCCCUUUUCCAUUUAAACAAUUGGUAAGGUGAGGGUGGAAGUAUAAGGGCAUAGUCGUUUGGUGAUUUACUCCUUCGAUGGUAAUAGGAAUUGUAGCAUCGAAAGUGACCAACUUCAGUAUCCUCUUUUGCAAACAAUAGUUGAAUUACCUUUAUUCUAUGGAUCUUGUUUGGGGUCUAUAAAAAGCGGAUCAUGUGUAAAUAUUUAAUUAUUGUUUUAAACAAGGGUACGUUGCUAUGCAUUUCAAUUCAAAGUA